AUGGAUCAACAUAGACAAACACCUGGAAUAAUAGUCCACUCAGCAACACAAUCAUCAUUGAAUGAUGAUCUUGAAAAUGUCCCUUUACAAUCUCCCCUGCCAAUACCAGCUCAAGAUAACAACCAGAAUAGAUCAAGUGCACAUGGCAAUCACCACCCACUACGAGCGGAUAGAGUAAUAAUACCUCGUUACAACGAACAAACCAUACCACCAUAUCCUAUUGAUAGACCUGGACCUUCACAACAACAACAUCAACAUGAAAGUAGAGGGAGAAAGAUGCUAAGUGUAAUAAGUGGAGCAAGUUCUCCCAGAUCUAGUCCAAGUCCUAGUCCUCCACGUCAAUUACUCGCGGAAGCAAUAAGAGAUGAAGAUUUCCAAGAGUUGCGAGAAGGUCUAGAUUAUGCAUUAGGAUCAUCAAACAAAGACCCAAAUUGGUUCCCCGUGUCAGCUCCUUAUAGACAACCUAUUGAUGAAACCAACAGAACAUUACAAGAAAACACCGAUCCGGUAGCUGAUAUCUACAAUGAAGACUUCACCACGGAUAUACCUAUGCAAAAUUUAAGACAAAGAAGACCUAGUUAUCUUUCCAGAAGACAUAGUCGUGGAUCAUCACGUAUUUCUCCAACAGAGAAUAUUUACGACACUCAUUCAAAUACAAAUAGUACAGGAUAUUUUGAUAGACUAGAUCCAAAUCAGUUGGAAUCUGGAACAUACAUACACCAUCAUCCUCAACAUGAAGAUGGUUCUGCAUCACCCAAAAGAAUUACAAGAGCAAUUACAAGAAUUUCCGAUCGUAUUGCAGGGGCUGGUUCUCGAAGCAAACAAAACGAAGAGGAGAGAGACAAUAGAACUUCAGUAAGUCCACAUUUACAUCCAAUAGAAUCACAUCCAUCACUUCUAACCCCGACAAAUGUUACAUUUACAGAUUAUGUAUCCGAUAGAUUAAGUCCGGUUCAUUUUGCAUCCGAUAGAUUAAGUCCGGUUCAUUUUGCAUCUAGAUCACAUUUAAGUGUGCCUGAUAUAUCAAUAAAUACUGGGAAUGCUUCAUCAUAUACACAAGGGUUAGGAUUACCUGUGGAUAAACCUUCCGAGAAAACACCACUGAGAGAAGAAACCCAUGAAGUUAGACCGUUGCCUUCACCUGUACAUUCACAUGUGAUAAUAGAUCAAUUAAGAAUUCAUUCCCAUAAUAAGAAACGUGAUUCGGUUAGUUCCGUUGAAGAUCUAGAUGCAAAUACAAUGUAUUUGUUUGGUAAUUCAUUAGGAAUAUUUUCUCCACAAUCAAAAAUAAGACAAUUGUGUCAUCGACUUUUUGAACAUCGAUAUACUAAUUUCUGUUUAUUGAUAUUAUUGAUAUUACAAGUUGGAUUACUUUCAUAUAGGCAUUGGGAUCCAGAUACAUUAGGUGGAUAUGUGGGAUAUGGAUACAAUUGGGCCGAUUAUUGUUUGAUGGUGAUUAAUAUUCUAUAUACGGCAGAAAUUUUCGGGAAAAUUAUCGCAUAUGGAUUUAUAAAUGAUCGGGUAAUGUAUGAAGAACUUGGAUUACCAUAUCCUGUAAAUGAACUUAAACAACAAUAUUUCGGGAGGAAUUAUGUUUGGCAAUUUUUUAUCUGGCUUGGAAUUCCAAAAUUGUUCAACAAGAAAAAGAAUAACAAUAACGUUAGAUUUGCUGAGAAUAAUAAGCCAUAUAAUGAUAGUAGCACCCCUCUGCGUGAUUAUUCAAGUGAUGAAACUGAUAUUAAGGAAGUAAACUUGGAAGAAGAACCAAUUGAUUUGAAACAAAAGUAUAAUGGUUUACGUCUGCAUCAUGGUGGAUAUACUCGCGUUGGAUCUAUUACAAGUGACGAAAUUAAGUUGAAUUACAAUGAAUCAAGACCAACGAACAAACCAUUAGAAUCAAAGAAUACAUUUUUAAAACCAAAGACUCAUAAUACAUUCUUGAAACUUCAUUUGAAACGAGCUUAUUUAAGAAGUAGUUGGCAUAGAAUUGAUUUCAUAUCCAUGAUUGCCUUUUGGAUUUCCUUAUUCUUAUCGAUUGAUCAUUAUGAUGCAAAACAUAAAAUUUUGAUUUUCCGUGCAUUAAGUUGUCUCAGGAUUUUAAGACUUUGUAAUUUAACCGCUGGUACUCAUACUAUUUUAACAGCCUGUAAGACUGCAUUCCCCCAAUUGAUCGAUGUUGCUAUUUUCAUUUCAUGUUUCUGGUUAUUCUUUGCCAUUAUUGGUGUUCAAUCAUUUAAAUCCUCAUUAACGAGACAUUGCGUCUGGACUAAUCCUAACGACCCCAAUGACCAGUAUAUCAAUUCCGGUCAAUAUUGUGGAUCAUAUCUUGCACCAGAUGGAACACGAAUGCCAUUUAUAGAACGUGAUGGGACGGCAUCAGAUGAAAUUAAAGGAUUCACAUGUCCAGUAUAUUCACAAUGUAUUUCAGGUAAAAAUCCAUAUGGAGGUUCAGUUAGUUUUGAUAAUAUUUUUCAUUCAUUGGAAAUGGUCUUUGUUAUCAUGAGUGCAAAUACGUUCACCGAUAUAAUGUAUGAUACCAUGGAUUCAGAUAGUAUGGUUGCAUGUUUAUUUUUCAUUGUUUGUAUCUUUAUAAUGACGGUUUGGUUGAUUAAUGUCUUUAUUGCAGUUAUUGUGGAAUCUUUCAAUAUCACUAGAGAGGAAGUAGCUAAAGAACGGAAAAGAAAUAGAGAAGGAGGUGGGAUAUUUAACUUUUUUGGUACUGACGAACAAGGAACUUUACUUUAUAGUGAAAAGCUUACUCAUCUUAAACAAAACAAAACCGGGUUGAGGUUUUAUUAUCGAUUUGAACUUUUCUUUAUAUUCCUUAUUUGUGCUGAUUUAUUUGUUCAAUGUUUCAGGAGUGAUGAUAUGUCAAACACUGCCAGACAUACUUUAUACCGAUUUGAAGCUGCAUUUACUGCCAUUUUCCUUUUUGAAAUUAUUGUUAGGUUUCUUGUUUAUCUUCCUCAUUGGAGAUUAUUUUUCACAUUCAAAAGAAAUUGGUUUGAUUUAUUUUUAGCAAUUGUGACUUCAGUGAUUAUUAUUGACCCAGUUAAGAAUGCACUUGGACAGGCAUAUUAUUGGCUUACUGUAUUUCAAUUGAUGAGAUUUUAUCGUGUGGUUUUGGCAACUUCAAUUACUAGACAUCUUUGGAUGAAAAUUAUGUGGAAUAUUCGAGCAUUAUGUGAUUUAACUUUAUUCUUUUUCAUUUUGUUGGGAUGUGCAAGUAUUAUAUUCACAGUAUUCUUUGAGGCAACCGAGGCACCGGAUGAAGCAGGAGAGGAAGUGUUUCUUAUGAAUACUUUACCCAUUUCAUUUGUGGCAUUAUAUACCGUGACUUCCACCGAAAAUUGGACAGCUAUUCUAUAUAAUCUUCAAGAAAUAACUACUGAUACAUUUCAAAGAGUUAUGACAGCGGUAUUAUUUAUAUUUUGGUUCAUUUUGUCAAAUAUGAUUGUGAUGAAUAUUUUCAUAGCUGUUAUUGCAAAGACAUUAGAAGUUUCAGAAACAGGGAAAAGAAAGCAACAAUUGUUACAAUUUAUUGAUACCAUGACUAAUAAAUUACACAGUAUUAAUGAUGAAAUAGGUAUGCUUUCAAAGAUCAAGAAGAAAUUAUUUAAAAGAAAUCAACCUAAAGAUGAAUUGGAAAAAGCAGUGGUUAAUUUACUUUUAAGUGGAACAGCUGUCAAUGACUUCUUGGAUGAUGAUGAUAUUAUUAUGAAUAAAAAAAAUGUUCAUGAAACAAAGAUAAGAGAAUUACCCGAGUCAAGCUGGCAAAGAUGGUUCUAUAUAAAAUACUGGAGAAUACGUGAUUCCUUCAACAACCCAUUCUAUGAUGAUGUUAAGAAGAAUGAAAUUUCAUUAGAAGACUUUAAUCCAGCAACAUUUGCAAAAGAUAUAAUCCAAGAACGGAAGGUUUUAGUAGAAAAGCAAAAUCAAUUUUUACAAGAGAAUCCUAAGUUUAAUUAUGUAUUUUACAUGAUUGGACCCCAUCAUAGACUUCGUAGAAUUUGUCAAAGAAUGGUAAAACCCAGCCAUGGAGAAAGAAUAGACGGUGUUGCACCUUAUAGAAAGCUCUCAGAGGCAAUUGUUGUGAUAUUUUUCUUAGCUACAAUUGGAUUAGUGGUUACUGCAUGUUAUAUGACUCCAAUAUUCAGAAGAGAAAUGGUUGAGGAAUAUGGAUCUGUUAAUUGGACUUUUUGGUUAGAAUUAGCAUUCACUUUAUUUUUCACCUUGGAGUUCUUGGUGAAAGUAAUUGCUGAUGGAUUAAUAUUUACACCGAAUGCUUAUGCACGUUCUUCUUGGAAUAUUAUUGAUAUGGUGGUAUUAGUUUCAUUAUGGAUUGAAGUUAUUGCAUUCAUGAGAGAUGAUGGGAAUUUGUCAAGAGUGGUUAGAGGAUUGAAAGCACUUCGUGCCUUGAGAUUAUUGACUAUCAGUGAAACUGCAAAAGCAAAUUUCCAUAAUACUAUGAUUGUUGGGUUUUGGAAGAUUAUUAGUGCAAUGAUUAUAUCACUUUGUUUAUUAUUCCCAUUUUCAAUCUGGGGGUUAAAUAUUUUUAAUGGUCGUCUUGGAUUUUGUAUUAAUGGAGACGGUUACGAAGGAUGUUAUAACGAAUACGAAAAUCAAGUAUUUAAUUGGAAUAUUCUUAGUCCAAAAGUUUACACUCAUAACUACUUACAUUUCAAUAAGUUUAGUACUUCAUUCGCUAGCUUGUUUGAGAUUGUGUCUUUAGAAGGUUGGGUAGAUUUGUUAAACAAUGCGAUUUCAAGUACUGGUGUUGGAACAGCACCUAACUGGGGAGCUAGUCCAUGGAAUGGAAUAUAUGUUAUCCUUUUCAAUUUCUUGAGUAUUGUUUUCAUUUUGACUUUAUUCGUUUCUGUGAUUAUUAACAAUUAUUUGGAAACUACUGGAAGAGCAUAUUUGACACCUGAUCAAAUUGCAUGGUAUCAAGUUAAACAAAUAUUGGUCCAAACAAAGCCAUCCAAAAGAAAAGAUCUCAAUAGGUUGUCAUUUUUCAAAAAGUUCUGUUAUAAGAUGACAGUUGAGAGGAAUAAGGUCUGGACAAGAAUUUUGAAUUUUACUUUAUUUUUACAUGUUUUGGCAUUAUUAUUAGAAUGUUAUCCUUCAGGAGCGGCAUUGGAUGAUUUUAGAAGUGUUAUAUAUAUGAUUGCAGCUAGUAUGUUUUUGGUGAAUGCAGUUAUGUUAUUUGUGGCACGAGGUUCAUCAUUUUGGCACUUCAAAUGGAAUGUUUUUAAUUCAAUCGUAUCCGUAGGUGCCUUCGUAACAACAAUUAUCGGAUUUACUGUUGAUCCAGAUUCAACAUUUAUGAAUUUCAAUAAAUUAUUCCUUGUUGGAUUGUUAUUAUUCAUUAUUCCAAGAAGUAAUAGAUUAAAUCAACUUUUAAAAUUCGCAUCUGCAUCAUUACCCAAUUUGAUUUCCUUGAUGUUUACUUGGAUAGUUCUUUUCUUGUUAUUUGCCAUUGCAAUGAAUCAAAUAUUUGGUCUUACAAAGAUUGGUCCAAACGGUACUGAUAAUAUAAACUUACGGUCGGUUCCAAAGGCAUUAAUUUUAUUAUUCAGGUGUAGUUUUGGAGAAGGGUGGAAUUAUAUUAUGUAUGAUUAUACAUUAGAACCACCAUUUUGUACUUCUGAAGUUAACAUUGAUUCAAAUGAUUGUGGAAAGAAACAAUAUGCAUAUAUUUUGUUUAUUGCUUGGAAUAUUAUAUCUAUGUACAUUUUGUUGAAUAUGUUUAUUUCAUUGAUUUUGGAUAGUUUCAGUUAUAUUAGUCAUAAAUCAGGAUAUAGUGAUUUGAUUCAAAGAGAAGAAAUUAGAAAAUUCAAAAGAACAUGGCAAGAAUUUGAUUCUGAAGGUACUGGAUAUAUAAAACCAAUAGAAUUACCAAAAUUCUUACAUAAAUUGGAUGGAGCACUUUCAUUUCAUUUUUAUUCUGGUUCAUUAUCAAUCCCCUACCUUUGUAAACAAUGGGUGAAGAGAAAUAAUCCAAAUAAUCCAUAUGAUGUUACAGUCAAUUUUGAUGCAAUUGAACAAACGAUGAAUCAAAUGGAUAUUGACAAGAUUAGGGAAAGACGAAAUGCAUAUGAAAUGUUUAUUGAAGAAGCUUUAUUAACUAUGGAAUUAAAUGAAGACCCGGGGAUUUCAUUCACAAGAAUAUUAUUACACUUACCUUUAUAUACUUCCUUUGAUGCUGGACAAUGUCUUAAUUUGAUUGAUUUCUUGGAAAGAAGAUUGCUUGUUCAAAAAGUACAAAAGAGACUUUAUACCAAGAGAGUAUAUGAAACAAUUGCUUCUUAUGCAUGUAGAUGGAAAUAUAAAAAGGAUAAGACUUUAGGAAUCAGUACUACAGAUAUUGCAUUUGAUAGCAAAUUAAAGAGAAAUAGUUAUUUGACAAAUGAAAAAUUGAGAAUAAAUAAUCCAACUGCGACAAGUAUGACUACUGAAGGAAGUGGUGGCCGAUUAUAUAGAGGUCUGAUUCAUGUUCCAAGUGGACAAAGUCUGCUUAAUGAGGACAAUGUACAUCUUAUAAACACUAAUACUGAAGGUCAAAGUCUGGUUUUUUCAGGUAAUGAAAAUGAAGAUUAUUUCCUGCAACAACCGGUAAGAACUGGGCUGGUUAUAUUUGAUGAUAUGUAUAGAACUCAAAGAACUGAAUAUUUCCCUAACACUCCACUUCCGAUGUAUAAGAAACGGUACUCAAGACCAAAUCUAAAGAUUAAUACCUCAGGAUCAUCAAAGCAAGACGAGGAGAAGGAUCCAUUUUUAGAUUACACUGAUGGGGAGAAGAAGUAG